UAAUUCACAACAAAACUAAUCAUCUUAUCAACUAUAAGAAGAAUCAAACUAAGAAUUCUUUUGAUUAGAGAGAUUAAAUACAAUUAAGUGAUGGAAUUAGUGAAAUAUGUAAAUAUAUACCAGAAGACAGGUAACUCUGUGAAAAUAGUAAAAUUAAACACAGAGCUGUUAAAUUCUGGCCAGUUUAAUAUUUGCUCCGGAAACUUGAACAUCUCUCACUUUAUUAUAUCUAAGAGAGUUCACCAUUAUGAAGCAAUUCCAAUUCCAAUCCCAAACCCAAUUCAAUUUCUCAAUAAGAUCGGAAUUUUCUCACAACAAGAUAUAACGAUGGCGACAAAAGAAGCCAUCGGAUCUGAGGUUUGUCAAUUCGAACGAAUCAUAAUUCGCAAUCAAAAUACAAAGACCGCAACGACUUUCGAAAGCGAUCUAAACCAAAUUCGCAACAACAAGAAGAAAAAUACAAAACGAAAAUUACGAAGAUGAAGAAGAUAAAUAUAUUACGGCGGUGGAGACAUACUGAGAUUUAAAGUUAGGGUUUUGGUUUUAUAGAGUUGACGAACGGUGUGUCAAAUUUAGGGAAAGGCCUUAAUGGGCCUUGAACUUUAGGCCCAUAUCUUAAAACGGCAAGGCGUUAGAUUUAUUAGAUGUUUUUUUUUUUUUUUUGGUCGAAACAGUUUUGAAUUCCAAAAUUUCGACCGUUCAGGCUUUUUUUUUCUAUAAACCCAGAGGCUCCACGAAUUCUCAAAACCCUAAAUCUCAAAAUCUCCAUUCCUCUCUCGCUCUCGCUUAAUCUCUUUUUACUAUGGCGACAGUUUCCUCAGAUCCUGCUCCGGCGAAGAAAUCGAGAAACAGUAGAAAAGCGUUGAAGGAAAAGAAUGAGAUCGUCGAGUCAUCACCAUUGUUGUCACCAAUCUCAACCAAGGGGAAAGAAACGAAAUCGUUUGAGAAAGAUCUGAUGGAGAUGCAAGCAAUGUUGGAGAAGAUGAAGAUCGAGAAGGAAAAAACUGAGGAUUUGCUGAAGGAGAAGGACGAGAUCCUGAAGAAGAAGGAAGAAGAACUCGAGACGAAGGACGUGGAACAGGAGAAACUUAAGACGGAGUUGAAAAAACUGCAGAAGAUGAAAGAAUUCAAGCCUAACAUGAGUUUUGCUUUUAGUCAAUCUAUGGCACAAACUGAAGAAGAUAAGAAGGGGAAGAAGAAGAAGACGGAUUGUGUUGAAAGAAAGAGACCAUCGACACCAUAUAUUUUGUGGUGUAAGGAUAAUUGGAACGAUGUGAAGAAGGAGAAUCCUGAAGCUGAUUUCAAGGAGACUUCGAAUAUUCUUGGUGCUAAGUGGAGGACUCUGAGUGUAGAAGAGAAGAAGUUUUAUGAGGAGAAGUAUCAGGUUGAUAAGGAAGCUUAUCUUCAGGUUAUUACAAAGGAGAAGCGCGAAAGGGAAGCUAUGAAGCUUCUUGAUGAUGAACAGAAGCAGAAAACUGCUAUGGAAUUGCUUGAUCAGUAUCUUCACUUUGUUCAGGAAGCUGAACAAGACAACAAGAAAAAGGCCAAGAAGAUAAAGGAUCCCCUGAAGCCUAAACAUCCAAUAUCUGCAUACCUGAUCUAUGCUAACGAGAGGAGAGCUGCUUUAAAAGGAGAAAACAAAAGCGUUAUUGAGGUCGCAAAGAUGACUGGAGAAGAGUGGAAGAACUUGUCGGAAGAACAAAAGGCUCCUUAUGAUCAGAUGGCAAAGAAGAAAAAGGAGAUAUACCUACAAGAAAUGGAAGGAUAUAAAAUAACAAAGGAAGAAGAAACCAUGAGCCAGAAGAAAGAAGAAGAAGAACUCAUGAAACUCCAUAAACAAGAAGCUCUUCAACUUCUCAAGAAGAAGGAAAAAACCGACAAUAUCAUAAAGAAGACGAAAGAGAUGACCAAGAACAAGAAGAAGAACGAGAAGGUUGAUCCUAACAAACCCAAAAAGCCUGCUUCUUCAUACUUUCUCUUCUGCAAAGAAGCAAGAAAGAGUGUGUUAGAAGAACAUCCUGGGAUCAACAACUCAACUGUUACUGCCCACAUUUCAUUGAAAUGGAAGGAACUUGGUGAAGAAGAGAAACAAGUUUACAAUGGCAAAGCUGCUGAGUUAAUGGAAGCUUAUAAGAAAGAAGUGGAAGAGUACAAUAAGACCAAGACGUCGUCGUAGAGAAAGAAAAAUGAGAAUGUUCAAGUAUGCUCAUAUUGAACAUCUCUACUUUAUGCAACAAAAAAAAAGACUCUGCUUUUUAAAAAAAUUUAGGAUUUGAAC